AUGAUUUUGAAUAAAAUUAUUUUUCUCACUCUUGUAUUACUUCUUGAUUUGACCAAUGCAGAUCAUUUUCGUGGUGGCAUCAUAUCAUGGCGUCCAUUAAGUACUCAACCAAAUGGUUCUACUGUUAAAGUUCAAGUUCAUCAACGAUACUUUUGGAAUCGUAACUGGAGCUCAUUUACUAGACUUUGUACCGAAAGUGAUGUCAUCAAUAAAACAACUAUACCUGUGAAUAACUGGGCAAUCUGCUAUAUUAAUUGUUCAAGUUCAACAUUCCCGUCAGGUGGUAUAUCAACAGUUAUGACAAGUACUGACUGUGAUACAAAUGCGUUGGUCCGAUCAUGGGCUGGUGAACGCUAUGAUACACUUACAUUACCAUUAACAACAUCAAUUACAAUCGGCUAUUCAAGUAGUACAUGGUUCGGACCAAAUUUGUAUCCAGCAGCAGGUGGAACUUGGGUUUUAGUCAAUCGAAUAAAUCUAGCAUUAAGACCCGAUGGAUAUAUAAAUAGUAGUCCAGUAACAAAUACAUUACCUGUUCUCUUCAAACCUGUUGGACAACAACUAGUGCAUGUUAUACAGAUGGCGGAUAAUGAUGGCACUGAUAUUCUAAAAUGUCGUUGGUCAAAUUCAAAUCCAGCCACAAAUUAUAAUCGAAAGGAUGAAUGUGAAGAUGCUUGUAUGGGACUCAAUGGAAUUUCAACACUUUAUGAAGAAAACUAUGUAACAAUUACUGAACGAGUUAUCGCACAAUCUUUCUGUGCUGGAGCGACUAUUACUAAUUAUGUGACAAGUUCACCUAUUGGAAUGCAACAUAGUGCAGUUGUCAGUCAAGGAGGUGGACUUUAUGUUAUGACAUUGACUUGGACUCCAGAAGACAAACAAUAUGGUCCACAAGGUUUUUGUGCUGGUGCUGUUGAUACCAAUAAUUUGCAAUCAGAUGCUUGGUGUGUUACCUAUUUAGUAGGAUUUGACUCACCGGAUCUUAUUCGAACACAAACUGUACAAGGAACUGCUUCACCAAUAGGAACUAUUUUUUCAAAUCAUUCGAUAUUUUCCAUACAAGCUACUCGUGAAGUUCAUCGUCCGACUCGAAAUGGAACUUACAUAAAAUUUAUGGACGCUUCAACCAAUACAUCAGUACAAGUAUUUGAUGCAGGAUGGCAACCAAAUAUAUUGUAUUAUGGAAAUACAAUCAGUAUCAUAACCAGUUAUUCAUGGAUUCCAGGACGUAGUUAUUAUGUUCUCUUUGAUAGUGGAGUGGCAAGUGGAAUUGAAUUUUGUGGUCCUGAAUCAGCACCGAUAACUAGUCCAACAUUUUGGACAUUCAAUAUAUGGAUCCUGUUAACAACAACUGGUGUUCAUGUUACUACUGCCAAUCCUAUAACGACAACCAUUACUGACACCACAACAAGCACAACUUCUACAUCCACUGCCACAACUGCUACGACAAGUACAUCAACUCCCUUUAUUCCUGAAAUAUCAAUAAUAGAUCCAAAAGCUUUUGAAGAAGCAUGUAAACAGCCUGUAGCUCUAAUGACAGUUGCUACAUUCGCAGGCAUGAUUCCUCUACAUGCAAUGGGCAUAUUUGCUAUGUUUACAAAAUUGAACAAAAUGUUCAAUCAGAAUCAUAUCAGUUCAAUUGUAAGACAUCAACGUCGUCUAGGAAAAAUACGAUAA